UGUGAGUUGGCUGGGAACUGUCAGAGAUAUAUACGGAGAAGAGAAGAUUUUAAUGAUAACAGCAUUAAGACCAUUGGCACCCCAUUAAAGAAAGUUUGGCAGAGACAUAUCUGGAUUACAAAAGUGAAAAAUAACACUCCAGACCAGGUACUUAAGAAACAGAAAAGGAUUUGUUUUUCUACGGAAAGAAAAAGUUCAUGGCGGUCCACCAACCACCUGUAUGAUUUCAAGUCCAAGACCUGGGAUGAUGCUUUCUAACUGACUCCUACAAGCCUGCUGCUAUCAACAAUGUUCACCCCCCGGAAAGACAGCCUCCCGUCCCCCAGUAUGGAAGACUCCUUCUUCCCUCUCUCCUCAUCCUCCUCAGUCUCACUCUCCUUUACUCUCCCCUCAUCCGCAUCAUCUCCUGGCAGCAGUGACAGCGGAGGAGGGAUAGAGACGGAUCUUAUACUAGCUGCAGAGCUGGGACAGGCUUUACUGGAGAAGAAUGAGGAGCUGGCCGCCUCUUUGCAGCUGAGGGAGAGGGAGAUGGAGGCUUUACAGCAGGAGAAGCAUGUACUGCACAGGAAGCUGCAGGUAAAGGAACUGGAUUCCGGGCAGAGAGAGGCAGAGCUAACUGCAGAUUUAGCUGUCUUGAGAGCCGAGCUGGAGCAACAUCACAGCCAGGGGCGCGACCGGCGCAAGGACGAGAGUGAGCAGCUGACUCAGUUAGCCAAUCAUAACCAACGCUUGGUGGAGCAGCUAGCAGAGGCUAUAACUCUGGAACACUCCUUGAGGACUGAGCUUCGUUCCAUCAGAGAAGAGAUGGAUGAAUCAUCUUUCAGCCGAAAUAUCAACUUCACACAAAUAGAGAACAUUCAAGCAGAGAACAGAGUUUUGCUGGAGCGACUGUCGCAUAUGGAGGCACAACUAAAAGCUUCACAGGAGGACAGCGAUAGACUCCGCAUGGAGAGGGAGAGACUUAGAGACAGACUGUCAGAACUACAAACAAAACUGAAAGAUAAAGAAGCAGAGAUAGAGCAGGAGCAGGGAGUGAUGUUUGAGUUGCGAACCGUGAAUCGCUCCCUACAGCAAAAAACUCUGAAUCUGGGAGAAGACAGCUUUCUGGACAGUACACAAACACAACCUUUAUCUCUGCAUAGUGAAAUUCAGCAAUCACAGGCCAAAGAGGCUCUUCUAGCUCACUCCACAGUCCUGCAAGCAAGAGAUGAAGAGAUACAAACGCUCAAAGAGGAGCUGCAAUCUCAAAGAAAAGAGCUGGAGUCUUUGAGGCAGGAAAUUGAGCCAUUUAGAAGCAGCCCUGGACAGCCAAGCUACAGUUGCUUAGAUAGUGAAUUGGCCAUGGUGCGUCAGGAAAAAGAAUCACUAACGCAGCAGCUCCUCAACACCAUCAAACACAAGGUGGUGCUUUCUCAAGAACUGGAAGCCUGGCAGGAGGACAUGCGGUUGGUGAUCAAUGAGCAGGUGCAGCAAAGGGAGGAGGAGAGACGAGAGCGAGAGAAAGACAACGCAGUGGGAUUUCAAAGAAGCAAGUCUUUGAGAGUGAAGGGAGAAGGAGGGAAAGGAUUCUUCUCCUUUUUCAAAGACAAAUAACAGAGACGUGGCAGCAGCUUAAACAGACAGUCAGCUUUAUCUCUGCCACUGAGAGCUUCUGCAGCUAGAUACUGUGCUUAUCAGCAUCAACAAGGGAAAUGUUUACAGACCUCAUAUUUGAAUAUAUUUGUAUAUAUGUACAGUAAAUCAGUCAUUUCAGAAUUUUAUAUUAAAUUUUAA